AGGGAUUGAACCCAGGUCUCCUGCAUUGCAGGCGGAUUCUUCACCAGCUGAGGCACCAGGGAAGCCCUACUGUGGAAAGGAGACUCAUAAUAAAGGAGGACUUUUACUGCAGUGGGGGACUAUAACUGUGGAGGGGAAAUGUUAUAACAGGGGCACUCUGAUACUGUGGGGGCUGUUAUGGCAGAGGAGGGACCACGACAGUGGGGGGGGACUAUGGUAACAAAGGGAACUAUUACAAUAGAGGGGGCCAUUCCAUCCAGGGGGACUCUUACAGAAGAGGCACUAUUUCUGUGGAGGGAGGACUCUUACCAUAGAGGGGGGCUGUUACGACAGAGGCCUCGCUCUGCUGAGAGGGAACUAUUAUGGUACAGAUGAGACUGUUACGGGAGAAAGUGGUCUACCACUGUAGAGGGGGGACUGUUACCCUACAGAGACUAAGACAAAGGGAGAGGGACCAUUAUGAUAGAAGAGGACGAUUACCUUAGGGGGCACCAUUACAAUGAAUGGGGUCUAUUGCUGCAGACAGGGGCUAUUACAAUAGAAAGGGACUACUGAAAUUGAGGAGGACUAUUACUGUGGGGGGGGACUAUGACAACAGAAGGGGACUAUUACUGUGGAGGGGGGACUAUGACAACAGAAGGGGACUAUUACUGUGGAAGGGGGGCUAUGACAACAGAAGGGGACUAUUACUGUAGGGGGGACUAUGACAACAGAAGGGGACUAUUACUGUGGAGGGGGGACUAUGACAACAGAAGGGGACCAUUACUGUAGGGGGGACUAUGACAACAGAAGGGGACUAUUAUUGUGGAGGGGGGACUAUGACAACAGAAGGGGACUAUUACUGUAGAGGGGGGACUAUGACAACAGAAGGGGACUGUUACUACAGAGAGGGGACCUUAAGAAUAGGGACAAGCCCUGUCCGUGGAGAGCAGUAAACACAAGAAUAAAGGCCCAGGCACGUGUGUGCCAUGAAAGGGGUCCUGAUGGCUUGUGGACCACAGGCCCUGACUCGGGAGGAGCCCUGAGGGGAGGCCUCUGACCUGGCAAGGAAAGUGGCUGCAGCUGGGGCUGGGCAGGCGGAACCAGCGGGCUGCAGGCUCAUGUUCUGACUGGUCCUGGGAAUGACCAGGUCGGCCCCAACGGACGAUCCCGGGGAGGGACUGGUCUGUGUGGCCGGGUCAGGGAAGUGAGGAUCUAAGUCUCUACAGGGAGGGGUCUUUGCAGAAACUGUUUCCAGGACAUGGGGGGUGAGGGUGGGGCUUCCUGGACCCGCAGGUCACCUUCAACACCACGCAGAGGGCACUGUCCCCUCUCCCGGGUGGGAAGACCAGGCACAGAGGCCCGGGAGCGAGGUCAGAGUCCCAGGAGCGAGGUCAGGGGCCAGGCAGGUGGCCGAGUCUGCAGCCGCCACUCAAGUCCGGGUCCGUGUCUCCAGGUGAUUGUUUUAAAUCGCCUCCUUGCAUCAGGGAUGGCCGCGCUUGGCCCCACCUGGGUAAAGACUCUAGUGUUUUCACUCCUCUGUCCCCGCCCUGUCAGGACACCCACCCAUAGCAGGAGAGAGGGGCCACUCAGACCCUGACCGGAAGCGCUCCCAGCUUCUUAGCUGCUCAGGCCUCGUCUCCCCUCUCCAGCACCCCAUCCUCCUUUCUCUUGGAGACAAGUCCGCAGGUUCCCGUUUCUCAGAGCCACGCCUUCGCGCCGCCAGCACCGCGCCUUCGGCACGUCCUGUUCUAACUCCUGCAGAGCCCCGUUUCCUCCCCCGAUCGCCCAGGCUCGGCCUCCGAUGGGCGGGCAGGUGAGCUCGCCCGGCUCCUUCCGCGGCCUGCCCUGCGCCUCCAAGGCGAACGCGGACUGGAUGUCGGCGCUGAGCUCUCGGCUCUGGGACGUGCCCCUGCACCAGCUCUCCAUCCCAGGGAGCCACGACACGAUGACCUACUGCCUGAACAAGAAGUCGCCCAUCUCCAGCAAGGAGCCGAGGCUGCUGCAGCUCCUGGGCAAAGUGCUGCCGUGCGUCACCCUGCCAGUGGUGCUCAAGUGGUCCACCACCCAGGUGCUGAGCGUCGCGGAGCAGCUGGAUGCCGGCGUGAGGUACCUAGACCUGCGGAUCGCGCACGUGGAGGACGGCUCCGAGACGAACCUGCACUUCGUCCACAUGGUGUACACGACGGCCCUCGUGGAGGACACGCUCACGGAGAUCUCGGAGUGGCUGGAGGGCCAUCCCCGGGAGGCGGUUGUCCUGGCCUUCAGGAACUUCGAGGGCAUGACGGAGGGCCUGCAUGAGUACCUGGUGGGCUGCAUCAAGAACAUCUUUGGGGACAAGCUGUGUCCCCGCGGGGAAGUUCCGACUCUGCGCCAGCUGUGGUCACGGGGCCAGCAGGUCAUCCUGUCGUACGAGGACGAGGCAUCCGUGAGCCGGCACGCAGAACUGUGGCCCGCGAUUCCCUACUGGUGGGGGAACAAGGUGAAGCCCCGGGACCUCAUCCACUACCUGGAGCACAUGAAGAGCUGCGGCCGCCCAGGCGGGCUGUUCGUGGCCGGCAUCAACCUCACGGAGAACCUGGGGUUCAUCCUCGUCCACCCGGCCUGGUCCCUGGAGAAGCUGACCCUGUGGGGACUCCCCAACCUGUGCGCGUGGGUGCGGGCCCAGUGCCCGGGGUCGGCCGCCGGCUGCACCAACAUCAUCGCGGGGGACUUCAUCGGUGCCACCGGAUUUGUUAGUGACGUCAUUGGGCUGAACCGGAAGCUGCUUCGGGGCUGACUGACGGUGCGCGGGUGGAGCUGGGCAUCCCGGAGGCUGCUCCCCCGGCGCGCCCUGUGACGUCACCGGGCUGAACAGGAAGCUGCUUCGGGGCUGACGGACAGCACGUGGGUGGAGCUGGGCACCGCGGAGGCUGCUCCUCGGUCAGGUCCUGUGACAUCACCGGCCUUAACUGGAAGCCGCCUCGGGACUGACAGACGGCGCGCUGAGGAGCUGGGCACUGCCGAGGCCGUUGUCAGCCCUGUCCUGCGGGGCUGGUGAGCCGUCCACCCGCGCACGGAAUGUGGGUGGCUGCACAGGCGGGGCCAGGGGGCAGGGUCCGUGGGCUCCUUGGUCCUCCGUGUCUCUCUCCGCAGGCGUAGGGCACGGCGUGAUGAUUCAAGGCGACUGCGUCAUUUGUACAGUCACAUCCUCAGGGAGACACACCUGGUUCUCGGAUCUGUGGCUUCCCCAUGGGAGAGGCUGGGGGACCCCCUCGCCCUGGGCGCUGAGAGCAGCAGACACAACCCCCAGCUUGCGGGGGGGCACUGUUACCUACUGUCCAUAGGAGGGGACUGAGCACAUUAUGAUCCCACUGAGAAAUCCCUUUUAUUAGAUGAGGGGCUUCCCUGGUGGCUCACUUAAGGCCUACUUGUCUCUCCUUGCUAUUCUUUGGAACUCUGCAUUCAGGUGGCUAUAUCUUUCCGAGUCUCCUUUCCUUGUCUCUUCUCUUCUCAGCUAUGUGUGAGGCCUCCUCAGACAACCAUGUUGCCUUUUUGCAUUUCUUUUUCUUGUGGAUGGUUUUGAUCACCACCUCCUGUACAAGGUUAGGAACCUCUGGCCACAGGUCUUCUGGUACUGUGUGCCAGAUCUAACCUUUGAAUCUGCCACUUCCACUGUAUAAUCAGAAGGGAUUUGAAUAAAGCAAAGAAAAAGGAAAACAAUAGAAUGGGAAAG